ACCUCGUCUGCGUGCAACUUUUCCAGCAACAACGGCUCUAUUUCCUGCCAGAAAGCUUUAUUUCUGAACGACUUCCUCUUUCGUGGCGCAGGCGUCUGUUGCUCGUUUCUGACUGGCUGUUCGUCGGUGUACGUACACGGCCUGAAAGACGUUUUUGUGCACACAAGACGUCGGGCGUAUUUUUCCCUCCCAAAUUCUGUCUUGCGGCGUUGCGCUUAGUUGGCCGAACCAGUCAGCGCACAUUCGGUUUCGCAUACAAUUCGCGCGGCAAAUUUCAACUGUUCUCUUGUCUUUUUCUACCAGGGUGUAGACAGCAAUUAUCUCACCUGCUCUUUGUACCGUCCUGUGUACCUAGUCACGCUGCUGCAGGGACAGCCGCAAAAAUUUCUACGCGCAGCAACCGGCAGCCGAUUCGCCCAGUCGCAACAACGUUGGCUUUCCCCACUUGAAUCGGACACGCAAGUCAAUUUCUUGCUGAUUUCUGUUGGGGCCCCGUCGUUUUCUCGUGUGUAGUUCAAAUAGUGCUGCAGUUGUGUCUGCCAUAAGCCCGCUGCAGCCCCAUCGAGUUUUACGUCAGCUCGGCCCACACGGUGCAAGCUGGAGUCUCGCACUGGGAAGCUUCCCGCCGUGAUUUGUCCUCGAAACAUUUUAAAAUGUGGUAUUCUACUCGCCAAGAGGGCUUCGAUGACCCCCGCCCGUCCCUUCGUGGACCGUGUGUGGAUCUGCCCGGAUUUCUCUGCUGUGGCGCGAGCGGCAAUUCCUACUUCCUUCGCGGAGGAUCUCUCCUUCAGGUCCUCUCGCUUUCCGGUCUGUUCGUCUCUUACUGGACCUUUGGAGGAUCAGGCCUCUUCGGAUAUGAACUCGAAGGCCUUAGCGAGGAAGCCCGCGCUUCCCACUCUUUCCAAAUCGCGAUGGCUGUUUGGUCGGGCCUCUACAUGAUCGGUGCUGCGUACCUCGUCUGCUUCCAGGCCAUUCUUGCUGACGAUGCUUGCUGGGCUCGUGGAUACCGCGCUGGCAGCAAGAUCCUGCGUUUGGCGACCUUCCUGGAUCUCCUCAGCAGCAUCAUGCAGUUUAUCUUCUACUUGUACAUCGCCAAGUUCUACAGCGCCAAGUGGUACGCCCACUUCCUGGAAGGCGGCUCGGAGCGCAUCUUCUUCUCGUACAUUCGCUGCAUGCACUCGGUGGCCCUCCUCCUGUACGCCUGCGCGUACUACUUGCUCGAAGUUUACCACGACGAAGGUGCUGGUGACCUCCACGCUUACAUCAACGCCUCCCUUUUCGCUCUUGCAGGAACUGUCGAGUUCUUCGUGCUCUUCUGCGGUUUGAGCGGUCUCGCCACCAUCUUCAUUUGGCUGGCUCUUGUUGCCGUCACCACUUGGGCGUUCUUCUUCGAGCCGGAAGUCAACGAGGUCUCUCCUUCGAUGCACGAGACCGAACUGACGAACGACGUUGAGCAGCAGGUCGAGAAGUUCGCCCGCAUGUCUCCCUACUACCCCGCUGAGGAAACUGGCGCCUCCGCCCCGCUGACGGCUGCAGGCUCCAUGGUCAUGGGUGGUAUGAAGUCUCAAACUUCCAUGCUGGCCUAAGGGACAAGGUUGACACUGGUUUUUUCAGUCAGCGUGAUACUGAAGUGAUAAGACCGCAUGCGUACCGUGGAAAAUCACAUUCGGUGAUCCUGAACGGUCCACAACGAUGGCAGAUCUGCUCUUUUCUUCUCGAAGUGCCACGAUGGCGCUAAAGUCCAGACGGGGAAGAACAAGCCAGCGCAACCGCUUUAGGUCUUUAUGUGGUUUUUCAGUGAAUCGCUUGUAAUCGAAGAAACGCUGAUGAGCAACGAUGACGUCGCGAAAGUGUCGAGAGGCAGACACAGAAUGCCGACCACCAGCGGAUGCCUCUCGAAAGCGUUUGUCGGAGGGAUGUUUGCUUGAGGAUUUUUUUUCGAAUGUAAAUGUGCCUUGCUCCAAUCUAUUUCUCACUGGUCGCGGAUCUUGUAGACUCUGCACUCACGUGGCCACCCGUGUACUCGCGCUGCGACCACGUCAAACCAUAAGCUGCCUCUCAAAGUGCGACAGAAUGCAUUUG